CUAAAGGUAACUUGUUAUCGUGAAAUCCCCUACCCAGUGCUUGAAAAGCAGAGUUAAAGAACAUAUGCUUGGAAUCAUCUUUUAAGUACAAACUGAAUAUAUAGAUUUCUUGUAAAGUCAUUGAUUCCUUACCUACCGACAAGAUAUACGGUCUUUGCAGUAGCCACUUCUGCUUUAUAAAAAUGUGUAGAAAAACAGAUGCAGAUAUUAAUCUGGCUUUGCAACUGCACUUGAAAGAGAAGAGCCUCUCCUCCAUUUCUGGUUCUUGCUCUUUUAUUGAGAAGCAAAGCCCUCUUAGAUUCGAUGGCUGACACUAUUGUCUCUCUUGUUAUUGAGAGAACUGGCGAUCUGCUGAUUCAAAAAAUUGUUUUCCUGAAAGAUGUUCGACAACAAGUUGAAAGACUCAAAAAUGAUCUGGUCCGGAUGCGGUGUUUCCUGAAAGAUGCUGAUCAGAGGCAAGAUGAAGAUGAGAGAAUCCGCAACUGGGUUUCUGAAAUCAGAGCUGCGGCCUACGAUGCGGAGGAUGUCAUUGAGAUCUUCGCCAGCAAAGUUGAGUUCUUCACAAAGGACAAGGGACUCAUCACCAAAUUGACGUAUUAUCCCUUGAAAAUUGUGAGCCUCUACAAGAUAGGCAAAGAUAUUGAGUCCUUACAGAUGAGGCUCAAUGACAUAGCUGAUAGCCGUGAAAAAUACGGUAUAAAAAAUCUAGGAGAGGGAACAAGUACACAUGGAGAAGAGCUUCAACGGCUCCGACGAUCCUCUCCAAUUAGUGAGGACAAGGAUAUUGUGGGCUUCGAGAAGAUGGCAAAAUCCCUGGUGGCAGAACUCUUGAAAGAGAACAAAAGCCGCCGUGUGGUUUCAAUCGUCGGCAUGGGAGGUGCUGGUAAGACAACUCUAGCCAAAAAGGUUUAUAACUAUGCUGAUAUCAGGGCAAGAUUCAAUUGCCGUGCUUGGGUCUGCGUCUCUUCAAGCUACGACCACAAAGAGAUGCUGAGAACAAUCAUAAAGCAACUGAAUCCGAUAACUAAAGAGCUACUUGAAUUGUUGGAAAAGAUGCAGGAGCAGGACUUGGAAGAAAGGCUGUAUAAAGAUCUACAAGACAAAUGUUAUCUUGUGGUGCUUGAUGAUGUAUGGGAGGUAGCAGCGUGGGAUUGUCUUGCCAGGAGGGCCUUUCCUGAUGUUGGCACAUCAAGUAGAGUGCUACUUACAAGUCGCAAACGGGAUGUUGCCCAACACGCUGAUGCUUAUAGACACCCGUAUGAGUUGAAAACUUUGGGGCAGGAAGACAGCUGGCAGUUGUUCCUCAAAAAGGCCUUAGGCCAUGGAGCUAAUGCUGGGUGUCCUCCGGAUAUGGAAGAAGUAGGCAGAGAGAUUGCCAGAAGAUGUGGUGGUCUGCCGCUGGCCAUCACGGUUAUAGGUGGCCUGCUACUGGCAAAGAAAAAGUUGAAGACCGAAUGGGAGGAAGUUCUAAACAACUUUAGCGCACACCUAUCAAGGAGCCGGAGCGAAGCAGGGGCAAUUAGUGAAGCAGGGGCAAUUCUGGAGUUAAGUUAUGCAGACCUCCCUGCCAAUCAGAAAUUUUGCUUUUUGUAUUUGGGUUUGUUUCCCGAAGACUCCGUGAUUUCUGUGCGCAAGUUGAUCCAUCUGUGGGUUGCAGAGGGAAUAAUGCAGAAAAGAGAUGCAAAAAAUUUGGAGGAAACUGCAGCAUAUGAUGAAGUGGAACGACUUUGUAGCAGAAAUAUGGUCCAAGUGGCGGAAAUGACUGUUGAUGAGAGGAUUAAAAGCUGUAGAGUCCAUGAUUUGCUGCGAGACCUUGCAAUCAGGAAGGCAGAGGAUGAAAAUUUUUUUCAGAUCCAUGGCACCAGAGAUGAUGAAAUAUCAGCCAAAUCCAGGUACCUUGCUGUUCAUAGUCUCCCUCUGGAUAAAAAUUAUUUUGGGUCUUCGAACCCUCCUCUCCGGUCUCUGCUUUUUUCCAAUGUCCGCGGUUACAUGGGAAACAUUAGUCUUAGCGCCAAAAGUUUAAGAAAGCUCAGGAUAUUAGACCUUGAGAAUGUUCAGAAGGAUGAUGAUUUGCCAAAAGAAAUUGGUGAGGUCAGGCUUCUAAGAUACCUCAAUUCUAAGAUACAUUCCAAGGCUCCCUCUUUCCGUCGGUUGCUUGCGAUACCUACAAACUCUUGACAUAUGGAGCUUUGAUUGGCCAGUGAGAGUUUCAAAUUUCAUUUGGAAGCUUGAAAGUUUACGGCAUCUAUAUGCGAAUGAGAUGGAAUGUGAUGUGCCUCUUAAGAUUGAAGGAUUGAGGAAUCUCCAGACUCUGUCACGCAUACGCUUUGAGGACGUUAUGCACAAUAACAUGAUAACUCUGACAAGUCUUCCGAAACUGGGGAUUUGGGUGGAUGACAGGUCAGAGAUAGACAAACUCUGCAUGCAUUUAUCUGAGAUUGGAAGCCUAAAGACGUUACAUCUUUAUCGUACUGGAGGAAGCGAGUGGCCAUCUCUAGCUGGACUUUCUACGCUCCAUCAUGUAACAGAGCUUAAGCUCUGUGGUUUACCAUUCGAGCUAUUCAAUUGGACAAUGCUGCCUCCUGAUUUCCCUCCAAAUCUCUCUCGCUUGUCUUUGAAAAACACACUCCUCAAGGAUGAUCCAAUGCCAGUACUGGAGAAGUUGGGACAGCUGUCGUUCCUCAAACUGGAAUCUGCGUAUUGGGUACCACAGCAUAUGAUCAUUUCUAGGCAGGGGUUUCACCAAUUGAAAUUCCUUGAGCUCAACCGCCUAUCUGAUUUGGAGGAAAUGAAUGUGGAGAAAGGUGCAUUACCACAGCUCCGGUGCCUGGGAAUCGGGAUGUGCUACAGAUUACGGAAGUUGCCGGAAGAGCUGAAGCACAUAUCUACUCUUGAUACGCUUGAGCUUGUGGACAUGCCAAAAGAUUUCAUCAGUGGGCUUGAUGCGAACCUGGUAUCCAGUGUCCCUAACCUCAGAAUAUUUGACUUGCCGGAAGGAAGAAUGGAAUAAUUAUUUCAAGUUUUUAUCAAAAUGCAUAAAUAAAAAGAAUAAAAUGUUUCCGUAUUUGUUUUCCCCAA